AUGCAACCGCCAACACGAGUGCGGUACAACGCAAAGGCGCGCAAGUCGUCGGCCGGCGGCUCGUCGCACAAGCAGAAAAAGUCGUCCGGCUCCUCUUCCGCCGCCGCUGGGACUGCCGACUCAAACGUCGAGAUCAUCGUUCCGGGCAGCGAGGAGGACAAGCGACGCCUCGAGCAGGCGGCGCAGGAGCGUAAGCGGCGUGAGCUUCUCCUCCUCUCGGGCCAGGACGCCAAUGCGCCCAUGUCGUCCAAGAAGCGCAAGCGCCUCGACGCCUACAUUGCCUCGCGCCUGAAAAAGGAGGAACGCGUACACCUCCUCGCCAAGCUGGCGGAAUCGUCAAAGGAGGUCGACCGCGCCGAGCUCAAGAGCGCUGCCACGCUCGGAACGGGCAGGGCAAAGACGGGCCACGAGCGCAUCGAGACGGCGGGCAAAAAGGAGUCGUACACCGGCACGCGCGGCAGGAAGAGGAGGAGGGCCAUGCACCACGCCGAGGAGGACGAUCUCGAUGCCGAUCUCGACCGGGACGGCCACGACGACAGCCACGACGACGACGAAGACGAUGCGGACGCCUCCUUCUACAGCGUCCCCGACCGCUCGGCCGCCGAUGCCGAUGCCGACGCAGACGACGGAGGACCUGUCGGCGAGGUCGAGGAGGACGCGGGGAGAAGGGCCAGGAUCAUGGCCGCCGCCAGCCUCUUCAACAAGCCGUCCGCGGGGCCUUCAUCGUCGAGCACCGCGCCUGCCGCCAGCACCACCGCGCCGCAGGUCGGCUCUGCGCUCGCCAAGGGCCCGGACGGCAAGCCCCUGGUGCCGCAGAUCAAGACGCGGAAGCGCAACAAGAAGAAGCAGGUCGGCCACCUCCCCGGCAGCGGCACCAGCUGGGGCAAGAACGCUGCACCAGCCUCGGGUUCCAGGAACGGGCACGAGACCGACUCGAGUUUCGACAGCUCCGAGUCGUCUGGCGACGACGAGGAGCCCGCAAAGCCCGCAGCGUCCGCCAAGACUGUGCGGUGGGAGCAGGAUGAUUCCACAGACGAGAAGGGCGACGUCAAGAUGGCCGGCGACGAUAGUGAGGACGGCGAGGAAGAGGAAGAAGGCGAGGAAGAGGAAGAAGACGGGGACGAGGACAUGGAGAGCGAUAGCGACGAAGAUGCCGUGCUCCUCGAGGCGAUGAGGCUCCGAGGCCUGUUGCCCGACGGCCAACGGGCACCCAAGGCGGGCCCAAGCACAAGCUCGGAUGCCCAAGGCAGCAAGGACGCUCCUGCAUCGCCAACCUACGACGGUUUCCCAGCCGAGGGCGAGGAGGGCAGCGAGGACGACGAGGACAGCGAUGACGACGAAGAGGCGAGCUGCUCCGAAGACGGUUCUGGCUCAGGCGAAGAUUCCGAGGGCGACUCGGACGACGACUCUGAGGACGAUUCAGACGACGACGAUGACGACGACGAAGAUGGCGAGCCGCGGUCACGUCGCCGGGGCAUUGGGCAGUCGGCCAAGAGCAAGGGAUUCAAGGACUGGGCCCGGUCCGCGCUCGGUAUGGCUGGCUCGGCCGGCGGCGGCGCCGGUGCUCAGGGAAGCGAGGACGGCCAAGCGGCCGACGGCAGCUACAACCUCGAGCCGGUCGGCGGCUACAAGGUGCGCGUGGGCGACCUGGGCCCCAACGACGGCGUGGCUCGAGGCCCGCUGGGCCGCGACGAGGUGCGCCCCGAGAACAAGUCGGCCUUUGCGGCCAAGUUCUACGCCGAGCUGCAGGAGACCAUCGAUGCCGAAAAGGCGCAGCAGCCGUCGUCGUCGUCGGCCAAGAAGCCGAGGAUCCGCAACGUCGAGGUCAAGCGCGACGAGGACUCGAUCGCCUCGCGCCUGCGCCUGCCCGUCGUGGCCGAGGAGGAGAACAUCGUGCGCACCAUCAUGGAGAAUCCGGUGACGGUCAUCUGCGGAGAGACGGGAAGCGGCAAGACGACCCAGGUGCCGCAGUUUCUCUACGAGGCCGCCUUUGGCCACCGCGACAGCUUCAACCCGGGCAUGAUUGGCAUCACGCAGCCCCGGCGCGUGGCCGCCGUCAGCAUGGCGCAGCGCGUCGCAAAGGAGCUCAGCCUGCCCGAGACCAAGGUGUCGCACCAGAUCCGCUACGACGCCACCGUCAGCCCCAUGACGGCCAUCAAGUUCAUGACUGACGGCGUGCUGCUGCGCGAGCUGGCCACCGACUUCCUGCUGAGCCGGUACAGCGCCAUCAUGGUCGACGAGGCGCACGAGCGCAGCGUCAACACCGACGUCCUCAUUGGCGUCCUCAGCCGCGUCGUGCGCCUCCGCGAGCGGCGCUGGCUCGACGGCGUCGAGGGCGCACGCCCCCUCCGCCUCGUCAUCAUGAGCGCCACGCUGCGCGUCUCGGACUUUACCCACAACACGACGCUCUUUGCCUCGCCGCCGCCCGUCAUCAACAUCGACGCCCGUCAGCACCCGGUCACGGUCCACUUUAACCGCCGCACCGUGCAGGACUACCUCGCCGAGGCCGUCAAGAAGACGACCAAGAUCCACGCCCGCCUGCCUCCCGGCGGCAUCCUCAUCUUCCUCACGGGCCAGCAGGAGAUCACCACCGUCUGCAAGAGGCUCGAGAAGCGCUUCGGGCGCCGGGCGAUCGAGCAGCGCAAACGCGAGCGGCAGAGGGCCGAGCAGCAUCGGAGGUCGCGCCAGGGUGGCGAGGAAGAUGACGAGGACGAGGGUCACGACGGCAGCGAUGACGACGACGCCGACGCCGACGCCGGACCGCGCGUCCGCCUGGCUGCCAAGGACGGCGACGUGGAAGCCGAGGAGCUCGACCUCGGCAUUUCCAAGGACCUCGCCCUCGACGUCGACGAUGGCGCCAUGGCCGAUGCCGACGACGCCGCCGUCGAGGACCCGGACGCGCUCGACACCGAUGACGAGGAGGGCGGCGGUGCGCGGCACGACGACGACCUGCCCGAGGAGCUGCGCGACGACACCGACGUGCCGAUGCACAUCCUGCCGCUCUACUCGCUGCUGCCCUCGGACAAGCAGAUGCGCAUCUUUGCCGAGCCGCCGGCCGAUUCGCGGCUGGUCGUGGUGGCGACCAACGUGGCCGAGACGUCGCUGACGAUCCCCAACAUCAAGUACGUCGUCGAUUGCGGGCGCGGCAAGGAGCGCAAGUACGACCUGCAGAGCGGCGUGCAGAGUUACGAGGUGACGUGGAUCAGCAAGGCGUCGGCGGCGCAGCGCGCGGGCCGUGCCGGAAGGACGGGGCCCGGCCACUGCUACCGCCUCUACUCGUCGGCCGUGUACGAGGACCACUUCAGCCAGUUUAGCUCGCCCGAGAUCCUGCGCACGCCCGUCGAGGGGCUGGUGCUCUCGAUGAAGGCCAUGAACAUCGACAACGUGGCCAACUUCCCCUUCCCCACGCCGCCCGACAGGAGCACGAUCCGCAGGGCCGAGAGGCUCCUCACCUACCUCGGCGCGCUCGAGGAGCACGAGGGCGUCGCGGCCGAAACGGGACGCAAGGCGAGCCACGCCCGCAUCACCGACCUCGGACGCAGCAUGACCCUCUUUCCCGUCUCGCCGCGCUUCGGCAAGCUGCUGGCCCAGGGACAGCAGGGCGGCUGCCUGCCUUACAUGGUGGCGCUGGUGGCGGCGCUCAGCAUCGGCGAUCCCUUUGUGCGCGAGCAGGUCCUCGAGGACGACGACGACGGCGAAGGCGGCGACGGCGACAAGGACGGCAAGGCGCUCGCCCACGGAGAAAAGGAGGGCGACGAGGACCUGGCGCCCGAGCUGGCCAACCUGACCAACCAGGCGGCGCUGGAAAAGGAGCGGCGCAAGGCCAAGCGGGCCAAGUACUUUGCCACGAUGCGCCGCUUCGAGGCGCUCGGCAAGGGCCUCAGCGACACGUUCCGCCUGCUGAGCGUCAUCGGGGCCUACGAGUUCCAGGGCGGCGGGCAGGAGUUUUGCCGGCGCAACUUCCUGCGGCCCAAGGCCAUGGAGGAGAUGCACAAGCUGCGCGCCCAGCUGUGCAACCUGGUGGCGGCCAACGUGCCGCGCCUGGCCUCGGUGCUGGCCGACCCGCGCCUCUCGCCGCCGACCGAGGUGCAGCUCAAGAUGAUCCGCCAGCUGCUCGUCUCGGCCUACGUCGACCAGGUGGCCGUGCGCGCCGACCUGGUGACCAACGGCAGCGUCACGUCUGCCUCGCUCGCGCCGUCCAACGCCGACUCGGCCACCUCGCAGGCCAUGUGGCGGCUGCGCACCGCGGGCGGCGGCGACCGCAUGUCGUCGACGCGCGGCGUGCCGUACAAGGCCAUGGGCCUGGGCGGCUUUGCAUUCAUCCACCCGUCGUCGGCCUUUUACCACUCCUCUCCGCCCGACUACGUCGUCUUUGGCGAGAUCCAGCAGAGCCAGUCGAAGUACGCCAAGGUCUCGGGCUCAGAGAGCGCGGCGGGCGGCACCGUGUGGCUCAAGACGAUCACCAAGGUCAACCCGGCGUGGCUCUCGACGCUGGGACGAAAGCUGUGCAGCUUCAGCAAGCCCGUCGAGCUGCCCGGCGGCGGCGGCGGCGGCAGCGGCGCUGUCGUUUCGUCGACGAUGGCGGCGGGGAUCAGGGCCAUCAAGCGCGGCGAAAAGGCCGACGAGGUCAAGCGUGAGGUGAUGCUGACGCCGACCUACGCUGUCGGGUCGGAGCGGGACGGCAUGGCCGGAGGACUGGGCUGGGAGCUGCCGCCGAUCAAGGCGACGCAGACGCUCGUCAAGGGGCGGUGGGUGACGAACCUGUGA